AUGGCAGGCCUGGACGAAGACAGCAUAGACGAGAUCCUCUACCUGGCGCGCGCAAAUGAAGCAGCCGAACUCGAGUCAUUCCUCUCUGGGCUCGCGGCGCAGACGAAGCGAACCAAGGCCGACCUGCUGACUGCGGCCAUCGACCCGUAUUCCAAGAACAGCGCGCUGCACUAUGCUGCUGCUAACGGCCAUAAUAACAUUAUCAAACUACUCUUCUCGGCCAGCACAGAGAAGCCCAGCCCAGCCUUUCUGAAUGCAACCAACGAGGCGGGCAACACGCCUCUUCACUGGGCCGCGCUAAACGGCCAACUCGAAAGCGUCAAGCUUCUCGUUCAGGCCGGCGUCGAUGUCACCAUUAUCAACCGAGCGGGCCAUGACGCCGUGUACGAGGCAGAGAUCAACGACAAGAACGAGGUAGUUGACUGGCUACUUGGGGCCGUCGAAGAGCUCGAAAAGGGUAUCGGCCACACGGGCGAAUCCACUCUUGGAGAAAGCACCGAUGCGGAAGCGGAUGGCAUCAACGACGACGGUGCGGCAAGUAACGAUACACAUGCCCAAGGGCCGUCAGUGGAGAAUGUCCGGAAGCAGAUGGAGGAUUUGAACACGCAGGACGGUGCUCCCAAGCAUGGUUGA